CCUAUGUGCCGACGUAGAAUAGAGAGCUUCACGACACAUGAUAAACUGUAGAUCUAGAAGCUAUAUUCUGACGACCAUGUCUUGGCAGUAAGGCUGGCGUGCGACAAAGCCCACUACUAAAUCCAUGGUGUUGGGUGAGACCAAUGCUACGGUCAUCUUACAUGCACAUCGCCCCCAAAUAACUGGCCAACAAAACCUCAGCUGACAUGAAUAGCAAAGUUACCCAAGAAGUGCAACAAUCGACCUUGUCAGCCCUAACAAAUAGAGAACUUUAAAUCCCCAAAAGAUGAGCAAUCAUAAAGUUGAUAAGGCUCGCCCCCAUCGAGUGAGCAGGUAUGUAUGUUAGUUUCCUUUCUCUCCCGGGUUUUCGUUUUCUCGAUCCCAAGUUACCCCCCAUCACCUUCAACAACACAUCACACAUCAGAGGAAAUCCUAAAACAGAAUGUCGAGAUUGUCGCUUGCUCUCAAAGUUGCCGUAGGCCUGCUUAUGGUCGACUCGGUCAUCGAAUUAGCAUUCGUCAGUAGCAUGGUGUCAUGGUUACAUCGGACAGCUAGCAAGGGAUUCUCAUUCAAAUAUGGCGACUCGACAUACCACCUGGCCGGCGAACCGUUACAUAUAAUGACUGACCAAGGGCAUACGAGUAACGGCGCCGCUGGAACUGCCUUCGUUCUCAUCGGGUUGGGCGGCAUCCUCGCAUUAUGGCUCCGGUCCUGGUCUCGGAAAUAUGGCGGGAUGGGAACUUUCACACGAUUUAUAUACUACCUUUGGGUAGCGCUAAAUAUCCCGGCGCUCUUACUCACCACCGGGGCACUCGCGUAUGUGUUCGCAGUCACAAACGCGCACGAGGGGCAAAGCAUUGACGUCCCACUAGCUACCACUUUAAAUGGUAGCAAGUACCCAUUGGAGUUUUGGACGCCGCAGAAUUGGUUCUCAGGCGUUAUGAGGGGGUGGCAGUAUAACUUGAUUCCGAUGUUCAUCGUUCAGCUUGGCGUUACUAUUCUUGCGGUAUGGGAAUUCCUCGGCUGGAGACGGCAAGAGGUCUUUAAUCGCGGAGAGAAAUAGUAAAAGAGGGUACUAGGUAUCUGCAAGCUUCUUCGAUGUCUUUCGUGUUUGGAGUUCAGGUAUGGUGGAGGAAUCUAGCAAAAUGUCAUUAUGCUUCUAUUAAAAUAAGGGGAGAUGUUCUCGGAGUUAUAAGCUUGACUUCGUCGUCUAUUAAGAGCCCAGCCACAUUCAUUAUGUCCCCAUGCUGGGCUUCUACACAGCCGUCACCGACGCGCUACUGCUACGUACCUAGUACCUAAGAUAUUCAAGAUACCUUCAGUAUUUGCGACGCACCUGUAGCAAAAAAGAAUAAAUAAAAUUAUCCUGGCUUUCUUUGCCUUAACAACUUGGUUAGCCAGAUGUUAUUAACACGUAUAGGUAGUCCAAGUGUUUAGGUACGCGUAAGAAUGUUGCUAAACUACAC